AUGAAAGAUCUAAAAACUGUCAGGAUUGACUCCAACUGGAGGCUCGAGGUGGAGCGCAAGCCAUGCGUAAGUCGAGAAUUUCAAAGCUUGGUGUGUGACGUACUUAUAUGCCAGCCAGUUUAUGCCGUCGGAUUGACGGAGGAUGACAUGGACAAGCCACAAAUCGGAAUCUCUUCGGUAUGGUGGGAAGGGAAUCCGUGCAACUCCCAUCUUCUCGAUCUUGCGAAACUUAUCAAAGCAGGAUGCAAAGAUGAAGGUCUCGUUGGACUGAUAUUCAACACUAUUGGCGUGAGCGACGCGAUCACAAUGGGCACUGAUGGUAUCAUGUUUUGUCUUCCUAGUCGUGACAUUAUUGCCGACUCAAUCGAAGCCGUCGUUAUGGCGCAACACUACGACGGGAACAUAUCCAUCCCAGGAUGCGACAAGAAUAUGCCAGGUUGUCUAAUGGCUGCUGUGCGUCACAACAGGCCAACAGUCAUCGUGUAUGGUGGUACAAUUCAGGCUGGAAUACGACAUGUAGAUUGUCCUUCCAUGGGUUAUAAGAAAGGUGGAACCGUCAACAUCUCUGACGCUUUCGAGUCCUAUGGGGCGUUUACUAUUGGUCAAAUUAGUGACGAGGAACGAUUUGAUGUCGUUCGUCAUGCUUGUCCUGGCGCUGGGGCUUGUGGUGGAAUGUAUACCGCUAAUACCAUGAGCUCCGCGUUAGAGGUUCUUGGCAUGUCUUUGCCAUACUCUUCGAGCACGCCCGCGAUUUAUCCAGAGAAAGCGCAGGAGUGUGCCAAGGCAGCGAAGUAUCUGAAGAAGCUGCUGGAGCAUGAUAUCAAACCCAGGCACGUCACUUCAAGGGACAUAUUGACCCGCCAAUCUUUCUUGAAUGCCAUAGUCAUAGUCAAUGUACUCGGUGGCUCGACGAAUGCAGUUCUUCAUUUCUUGGCUAUGGCCAGAGCAGCAAAUAUCGAGCUGGCAGUGGACGACUUUCAAGCGAUUUCUGACAAGACGCCAUACAUCGCAGACCUCAAGCCGUCCGGGAAGUAUUACAUGGAAGAUGUUCACCGCGUCGGAGGCAUCCCUGCGAUACUCAAGUACCUUCUUAAUCAUACUGAUCUAAUCGACGGGUCACAACUUACGGUAACCGGGAAAACUCUCGCACAAAACUUGGAAGACGUUCAGGAGCUUUCUUUUGAUAACCAGGAUGUUAUAAGGAAACUUGACAAUCCUAUCAAGAAAACUGGUCAUCUAACGAUCCUCCGAGGCAAUCUUGCACCGGGGACAGGAGUUGCAAAACUCACUGGGAAGGAAGGUCUAUGUUUCAGGGGCACGGCCAAAUGCUUUGAUAGCCUUGAAGGAUUCUUCCCUGCACUGGAAGCUGGCGAGAUCAAGCCGGGGAUGGUGUUGAUAUUCAGAUAUCAAGGUCCCAAAGGUGCACCGGGAAUGCCAGAGGUUGGCGAAGGGCCAACCGCUGCUCUUGCGGGUGCCGGUCUAAGUACAAGCACUGCUUUGAUUACCGACGGAAGAUUCUCCGGAGCGAGUCGAGGUUUUAUUAUAGGUCAUGUUGUUCCAGAGGCCCGCCUCGGAGGACCUAUUGCUCUGGUCAAAGAUGGAGAUCUAAUUGUCAUAGACGCUGAGAAGAGGACGAUUAAUUGGUUAGUCAGUGAGGAUGAACAGGAAAGGCGCAAGAAAGAAUGGGAGGCUUCGGACAAGAAGGAGCUGAACGUGAAGAGAGGAAUCCUAUUCCGAUACGCAAGGGAUGUUGCGGCAAGUCGGCCGGCCAGCGUUGGAGCAUACUGUGACUGA